GGCCUCCCACGAGUAAAGACGUACGCACGAGGAUAAAUAAAGCACCGCUGCGAAGAUAGGCAAACCACGUGUCUCAUUACUACCGAAACGCCAUCAAUCCCCAGUUCUCAGAGAACCAACAUAGGGGAACGAAACAACACGCGAAUCCGCCACAGUAGCAUAUAACGGAUUUUCAGGCUAGUGUUGUCCCCACUACUACCCCCACCCGGGAGCACCAAAGCGACAACUGUUCGAUAUUAUGUACACUAGAUCGCGUUUUCUUUUUAAAGCAACUGCGCGAACUUGGAUGCGUAGUAAAGUGGUGGGGAUAGAAAUGCUAGUACGAAAAUAUGCGACCGUUGUUGCUUCAGUCGCACGAUGUUCGUAUCGUGUAGCAUGGACUUGAGUCUUGGUCGUCGUUUUCCUUUGCAAUCUGGAAACACUGCCGGCGAAGCGUCAUUAUCAUUCCAUAAUUUUUAUUGUUUGGCGCUUAGACUAUAUUAUGGUCUAAAUGUAAAGUUUGGCGUGCGUUUGAUUUUAUCCAUUUUCUUUGUGAUUUUUCCAAAGAUAGUUUUUGAAAUUCUAACUUGAAGUAUGGAUUCAGACAGUGCAAGUACAAGUACAAGUGCUUGUGUAUCUCCUCCUCCUGUCAAGAAGAUAUGUAAGAAUGAAUUCAAGAAUGAGUGGCUACUAGACCCAGAAUUUACAACAUGGCUUGAAAAAUGUGAAAACAUUCAGAAAGCAAACUGUAAAAUUUGCCAAAAAGUUAUAACAGCAAAUAGAAGCAGCCUAUUACAGCACAAGAAUACAGAAAGGCAUAUUCAAAACGAAGGAGGUACAAAGGUUCCAAAAGAAGAAGACUCUGAUGGGGAAAGAGCAUCUAAAGAUCUUGCAGAAAGGGUUAAAAGAGCAGAAGCAAUAUUAUGUCAACACAUACUUAAACAUAAUCGUAAUUUUCGUACAUUCAAUCACUACAUAGAAAUGUUACGCAGAUGUUUUCCAGAUUCUGAAGUUGUACAAAAUCUUAACCCACAAUUAUUUAAUAGUCAAAUGUACAAAACACAGGAAAUGAUACCAGAACAUUUAAAAGGUAUCAUUUUACCAAAUACAAUGGACACUGAGACAGAUACAGAUACAGAUUAGGCUUGAGGAGAUUCAUGCAACGCUCUGCAAGAGAAUAUUAUCAGAAAAUGGUUACGCGUCCAACGAUGGCAAUCCGAAGGGUUGGUUCAUGGGUAAAGACGUGAUCCACGAGUCGUAGGGCAUAAUUCCUUAGGAGUAUUCCUGAGUUGCCCCAGAGAAAGCUAAAGUUGCCCCGCACAGUUUUCGGCAAAAACGUUCGCCAUCCUCAGUAAAAAAAAAACAUGCGGACUGUUCGGAACUUUAAGCUAUCUAAAAUUAUGUAAAUUAUGUAAAAAUAGUAAUAAACUUUCUGUAAUCUGUAUAAUAUGCGAAUGUAGCCAAACCGCGGAAUCAGAUAUUGAUUCCUAAAAAAGUUAUAACACGAUACAAGUAUUACUUAUAAACACUUGUAUUAUUGUAUAUAUUAUUUGUAGAAUAAAGAUUAUAUUUGCUAUAUUUUA